AGCGGAAAGGACAAAACCUUAACAACUAUAUAAAGGUGGUACAUAUAUAUGCAAACCAAUUAAUUCUAAAACCAACAAAUUAAAACUGUCGUUUUUUCCUCCCUUUUUCCAUUUCCACCUUUAACUUUACUGUUUGCUCGCUUAUUAGCUUGUCAAUCAUUCAUGGCGGCGGCCAUCUACCUUCAAGUUAUCAGAAUCACUGUUAUAGUUUUAUUAACCUUAUUCUCUUCGAAACCCAACCUAGUCGUCCUCGGAGACAUAGGCACAGCAACAUCUUAUAAUCCCCCAUAUUCACCGACUAGAUGUAACGGGAAUAGGGUGGAUCAGUUCCCGGCGGGGAAUCUAUUCGUGGCGGUGAGCGAGGGGCUGUGGGAUAACGGGGCGGCGUGCGGGCGGCGAUACAGGCUGAGCUGCCUUAGCGGCAACAACCGGCCGUGCAAGGGCGAUGCCAUAGACGUGAGGGUGGUGGAUUUUUGCCCAAAAAGGCCAUGCCCUUCCACUAUACUUUUGUCCAAAGAUGCUUUUUCUCAAAUCUCUCAUUCUCCUCAUGCCAAAAUCAACAUCGAAUACAUAGAGUACGAUUUAGCUGCUGCAUGCUGAUGGAUUGGAAGAUUAAUGCAGUUCGGAUUCUACAUUAAAGAAUUUGAUUAAAGUAUCGUAGAAUUGUCCUUAGAAUAUCGAUCUAUAGUAUGGUAGCGGUCAAUUUAGUACUAUACUUAGGUAGAUAGGUUUCGUAUUGUCUUAUACAACGAUAUAUGUCAAUGAUAAGUUUAUCACACUGAAACCAAAUGACUCGUACAAACGUGCAUGUAAUGAAGGUGUAUUGUAACGUAA